AAUUCUUGCAUAGUCAGUGAUGUUUGGUGUAUUGUUGAAACGCAGCAAUUAUUUCAAGUCCACUUUUAUUGAGUAUGAACCGAGCAGUGUAGUCCAACCAAACGACCUACACCCUCCGGUAUUCGAUAUCAAGUUUUCUGCCGGUACUUUUUACGCCACUCAUUAUCGAUCGGUUAUAUUUUGUAACCAGCCGGAAUGCCAGAAUCGUGUUUUUGUAUUUUUGCUACUGUACUAAAUUAACAGAAAGUCGCGAUCAAUACUUUCUCUGUCGUGACAAUUUGCUGCGUAGGCUAGUCCCGAUCAUUACGUCUAAAACAGCGAUCAAUUUCGCACGAGUUCCUUGUUUUAAAAAACAGGCUACCGUUAACAUAGAAGGUAGUAGAAUUGAUAGUCGCCGCGGAAGCAUUUUGUUGACACCAAUUGAUAACGUUUAACGAUUUUUUAUUAUGAUUAUGCUCUUUGUUGCAGUCGGUAGUACUAACCUAUAUAACUAUUUUAAUGACUUCGUGUGGUGCUGUUAUACUUGAAUCAUAUGCCAUACAGCUGAGGAAGAAUUUGUAAAGAUACUAUACUUAAGUUACUUUUACAUUCGCCAUUCUUGAAAACUGACUGGCAUCAUCGUGCCUCGGAAUAAGGACGCCAUGCCUCCACUUGGCUCGAUCUUCAGAUCAGGAUCAGGCAGACCGAAAGUUGACCAACACAGUUUAUUUACAAGCAUACAGGUCAGCGUUCCAGUACUACAAUGUAAUUUACAGAUCUACGAGCCGUGGAAGAAGAAACGUGUUAAACCCAAAUUGUGCCAAGUUACUCUCUAUACAAAUGAUACAAGUCCUUUUCUUGUUUGGAACAAAAUCAUAAACCCAACGCCAGGAAAAUCUCCUCGAAGUCCGACGGCAAACUUACAAGGCGGAACAAAUCCUGAUGUCCCGACUUGUGGAAAACCUCGAUGUGUUCUUCCAGUCAGUCGAGCCAAAGUCACCAAAACAACAGGAGGUUGUUUUGAGGUUGUCGACUUUGCUACUUCGGCAAUGUUUCGAUUUGUUGCGCCAACCAUAUACGAAUCAGAGAUGUGGGUGAAACAUUUAAAAACUGAAAGUCAAAGAGAAGCAAACUUGGAUAUGGGAAGCAUAUGCUCUUCUUGUUCCUCGUCUUCGUCAUCACAUCCGUCCCCAGUUGGCAACGAGUACACCAAUGGUGUCUUCUCAUCGACUCCGUCUACCCCUAAUGGCUUUUCGCGACCCGGAUAUCACACAAGACAACAAAGUUACUCUGGUAUGUCGGACCCAACUUUAGUUGCGGACGAUCGAGAAAGCGAUAUGAUGUUGGAACGUCCAACAGACUUGUUUCCAUUAGAAGAAACAUACCGAUAUGACGGUAGCGGGGAAACCAGUACCUUUCCAAGGACACAUAGUGCUAAACAACGGCAUACAAGGGCCCAGCCACACUUGGGUAGUGAUGUACAUACUGUAGAAAAACAUCGACCGGAACUCGGAAAAUUUCUUCAUAAUGCAAACGGAGGCCUAUCGAACAGUAUGGAAAACAGGACUGCGCUCCCAUUUUCUGAAUAUUUUGUCAAUUUACCUAAUUCGUGAUUUUUUGUGAUCUGUAAUUAUGCAUAGUUCAGAUUACAACUUUCUAUGCUGCCACAAAAUGCAAUCAUCCCAAUUUUUAUAUUCAUUUAAUGACGUUUUUAGUAUUAUAGAAUUCAAAAUUUACAAAACGUUGAUUGACCACACCAGUUUGGUAAAACGUUAGCUUUGAAUUAAUUUGUGUGAAUGUUACUGAGACUAGUUAUUUUCGAUACACAUUCCUUCUCCAUUUUUUCCUGAAAUUUCCCACUGAGAAUGCAAUAUAUAUAUAUAUAUAUAUAUGAUUAAAAAGAUGAAGACAUGUUAAAGCUAGUUUGAAAUAUAAAUCGUGUGUUUUAAACAGUAUUUUAAAGUAUGUUCCUUUAUUACCUUCCUUCGUUACAUCCACGUCAUUUUAUGAGUUUUCUUUAUUUGAAUCUUUUUUUCAAUAAAACGUUGAACUUUA